AUGGCUUCGACUGAAGAACCGGCCAGGGCGUCGUACUCUACCGACCCGGCUUUGUACAUAUACACCUCGCUGACGGCGGGCAGCUCGCAUAUUGUCACGGCCACCUCACGUCUCGAAACCAUCCUCCGUGCCAACCGGGUCCCCUUCAAGGCCCUCGAUCUCGCCACCGAUGAGAAGGCACGCAUGCUCUGGGGUCGCAGAGCCGGCAAGGAUGAGUCGGGUCGCCAGAGGAAGCUGCCCGCGCUCGUGCAGAUGGGCUUGGUUCUAGGUGACCUGGUCGAGAUCGAGGAGUGGAACGAGUAUGGCGAGCUCAAACAACACGUCACAAUUUACUACGACGAAUUCACCCAGCCAUCCAUUAGCGAAGCCCAGAAGCUCCCUCCUGUCAUGAAGAAGGGCCCUGCAGUCGCCGCCCCUACCACCGCCAGCACCGCGACCACAACCUCGAAACCAGCUGUCGCCCCGGCGGCUCCACCGCUGCCCCCAUCAUCGGCGGCUUCCUCAUCUGCUCCUGCAGCCGCCAAGGCCACAGGGUCCGCCGCAGCCUCUGCAGCCCUCCCGAUCCGCAGCAUUGCUGAAGAAGCGGCCGCUAAGGCCAAGCAAGUGCAGCUCCAGAGCCUGCGGGACAAGGUUUACGGAAAAGGAAACACCGGGCCGGUUAAGAAAGAGGAUGCGGACAAGGCUAGCAAGGCCGAAGGUAGCGAGAAGAAGGAGGAGGCUGCCAAAGCGCCAGCAGCAAAGAAGCAGGACGACUCCGCGAAAUCAGAGGACAUAAAGGACGCGGCGAAGUCCCCAGCGCCCAUUACUGUCCCGGAAUCGAGCAGCACGACGGCGGUGAAGACGGCAGCUGGACUGCAGUCGCCGACAUCUGGAGCGUGGAAGGGGAGUGGAGAGGAUGCAUCGUCGGUCGAGGCGUUGCGGAACACAAUUCAAAGUCCAACCAGCACCGCAUGGAAACCAACAGAUACCGGUCCCGCCGUAACAACACACCGCGGAUCAGUGGUUAGCCCAGCCUCACCAGAGGAAAUUGAGGCUGUCGAGAAAGAGCUGGCAAUCAAGGAGGAACCUGAAGAGGAUGAGGAGGACGAUGAUGACGAGGAUGAGGAUAGCGAGGAGGACGAGGAAAGCAAAGAACCUGCCAAGGAUAAGAAGGUGGCGGAGAAAGCCGCGGCCAAAGCCGACUGA